AUGAAUUUACAACCUGUAAGUUCUGGUUCAAUCAAUAUGUCAGGCGAUAGUAAUCAGAACGGUCUUGAUCACUAUCUCAAUGAACUCAACAAUUAGAACUUGAUGUAAGUGAGGAGACCGAAUGAGGAGUAGAUUUUGGCAUUUAUUGAUUUUGAAGGCAUUAAGCCAGAUCAAGUGAUCCAACACAAGACUUUCCCUGAUAGUCACAAGGAAAACAAGAGUAAAGGAAGUAAGUCUUCUUAAUAGAUUCGACGGAAUAGUGUAGACAUGUCUGAUGUAUCACCUUUGAAACAAUCGCUUAGGGAUGAUUUGAUUCCUUUAGAUAGUCCAAAUAUUGAAUUAAAGAAAUUGGGGGAACCAGAAGAUCAUAGAAAAAGCAAGACUAUGAAUAGUCCAGCCAUUUAAUCAUCCAAAUCUCCUAAACGAAAAAGCAAGCAUUUCUCAAAGAUCUUUUCCAAAUUAACAAAUCGAAUGCAUUUGGCGAGGAAAUUCAUACAAAAAAUUAAGUUACUAUCUCCAUUUGCCAAGAAAAUUUAGAAAUCGCAAUUGUAAUUAAUUCAAGAUUUGAGUUCUGAUAUCGGUAAUAGCAAUGAGAAAUAUAACAAUAUAAGUUUCAUUAAGAUUAGAGAUAAAUCUAAAUAGAAAAAAGCAUUGAAGAGGAUUGAGAGCAUGAAGGCAUUUAUUGCACUCAAAACUUAUUUUAGUGUUUGCAAAAUUUAACAGAUUCUUGAUAAGUUGAAAAAUGAAACAAUAGAUCCUCAAGGGAACUUUUUAUUCAUUUGGGAGUUAUUAAAGUUUUUUGUGACUUUGGCAUCACUAUUCCAAUUAUCGAUUCAAAUAUGUUUCAAUUUGAAUGUUUUGAAUUGGUUUUUCAUUUCUGAAAAAGAAAAUUCCUAAAUUAUUCUGAUUUUGAUGUUUUUAUAUUAUUCAUUUGAUAUCGUUUUAGGAUUUAGAACAGGGUAUUACGAAAAUGGAGAGGUUGUAACUAAAUAAUAAAGAGUUGCUAGAAGAUAUUUAAGGAAAUACUUUUUUGUUGAUUUGAUAUCAAUAAUUCCAAUAUUCGCAAAUCUAAUAUUAAUUUAGUCUUUUGAAACAGAUAAUACAGGGAUAAAGAUAGUGAAUUGUUUAUCAUUCUUAAGAUCUAAUGCACUUAGUAGAGUCUACCAUUCGUUAGAAGGGAGACUAUUAAGUAAUCCAAGAUUCGUUAUUGGAUAUCGUUUUUUGAGUGUGAUAGGGACAGUAUUUUUAUAUGCCCAUGUAUUUGGAUGUCUGUGGUAUGUUGUAGCUUAAAACAAUUCAAAUAAUUGGAUCAAUAAAGCAGGAAUAGUUGAAGAUUCUUGGUUCGCUCUCUAUAGUUACUCAAUCUAUUGGUCUGUUAUGACAAUGACUACUGUGGGAUAUGGGGACCUAACACCAGCUAAUCAUGAAGAAGCCUUAUUUUGUGUUUGUACUAUGUUUAUAGCAAGUGUUGUCUUUGCAUAUUCAAUCAAUACAAUAGGCAUGAUCAUUACUGAAAUGAAUAAGUUUGAUGAGAAAAUCAAUGAAAAUAUGGCUAUUAUAAAUAGAUACAUGCAAAGAAAGAAUUUCGAGCAGUCUUUGCAAUUUAGGGUUAGACAAUACUUAUAGAAUGUAUGGACUUAGGAAGAGAAGUUUCGGAUUGUUGAUGAAAAUAAGAUUAUUAACUGUUUAAGUCCGACUUUAAAGGAAGAAAUCUAAAUUUGUUUAUAUGGGUAAUUCAUUACUAGUAUUCACAUAUUUUAUAGAUAUUUCAGUUAAGAAUGUCUACUAGAAUUGACUAAGAAUGUUCAAGAAUAUAGAGUGGCUCCAAAUUCGUAUGUUAUUGAAAAUGGGACGUACGAUGGAAUUGCUUUAUAUUAAUUAGUGAGUGGAGAAGCUGAAAUGUUUGUGGAUCUUUAAGAUAGGAAAUAUUACAUAGGGAAGAUGAAACAAGGAGACAUAUUCGGCCAUGGUCCAUUCUUUAUGAACAAUGUUCAUCCUUACAGCAUCAAAACUGAUACUGCAUGUUCCUUCUCUUACUUAUCUAAGCAAAUGUUUUUAGAUAUUCUUCAAUCUCACCCUGGUGAUUAUGUAAUAUUUUAAGUAAUAUAGUAAACCUAUAGAAUGAUCAUUGAUUAAUGGACAUUCGAAAAUUAGAAGCUAGAUCUAGGUGUUAAAUGUUUUGGGUGUGGAGAAACCAAUCAUGAGAUAGAUUAAUGUCAUAGAUUACAUUUAAUUAUAAACAAAUAGAUUUUAUUAGCAAAACAUUUGUUUUCAGUUCCUAACAAAAGAAUUUAAUAUCAACGCAAUUGCAGGAGGACUACUAAUGCUAAAUUUGGAUAGAGAUUAUUUGAAGAUGCUGUAUCUUUAUUCUAAGAAAAUAAUUACUCUUUUUCAUCUGAAGAAGAGGAACCUAAUCCUAGUCAAAUUGAAAGGACUCAUUAAACAAAAUAGACUCAAGAGGUUAGAUAUUAGGAACCUACUCAUAAUACUCAUAGAUCACAACAGCAAUAGCAUUAGCAAUCAAAAAAUGUGAGAUUUAGGAAAAGAUCAAGGUCUCUCAAUUCUAUUAGUGUCCAUUCUGAUGAAGAAUCGAAAUUUCAAAAAUCCAUAUCAGGCUAUAAAUCCAAUGAUUCUUAAAUAGAUAAAAUAAGUGGUAUUCCAGUUAAAGUACAAUAACUGCCAAGUUCGUAAUUAUCAUAGAGUUCUUUUAAUGUAUUUUUAAAGGAACAUCCAAAACGAAAAAUAUCAAAAUAAUAAGACUCUGAUAAAUAUUCUAAUCAUUCUAUUGGAUAAAGAUAAUAACAGUAGUAAUAGCAAUAACAAUAGCUAUAUUAAUAACAAUAAUAUUAGCAUAAAUCUAGUAGUCAAUCAAGUAGUGGCAAUAUUCCUUAAAGUAGUAUUGGAAUAUCUCCUUUGCCAACUGGAUCUCCUCCUUUGCUUUAUUAAGAAGAGAAAUAGCCAUUUUAAAAAGGGUUUGUAGAUGAUAGUUUAUUUGUUGCACAAGAAAGAAAAAAGAAGUCUUUGAUCGGUACGAGUUAUACGAAUACCAAAUCUAUAAAAAAUCCACUUUAAGCUAUACCCUCUGUUAGUGAAAUGAAUGAGACUGAGAAAAACAAUAACAACUUAAAGGAAGGUUCAUACACUUCUAAAUAAUUAUCAAUGUAAAGUAGAUCAAGGAGUUAAAGAUACACAAUUUCCAUCCGAACAGAAAGUUAAAAAAUAAGAGAAGACACUAAGCACGAUGCAACUUAGAAACAUGAGAAGCAUGAUUACAAGUUAAAAACUGAUACUUAUAAAUAAUAUCACGAGAAUAGUCCGUUAAAUGAAGAAUAAUUUCACAACACCUUUGAAUAAGCCUGCAAUUUAAAUUCCUACUACCCACAAUAUAAUAAGGAUAGAAUCAUAGAAAAAUAUAAGAAAUAAUAAUGCAGAAAAAAUAUUUACUUAUAUUAAUUCAAGUCUUGA